AUGAUCGUCACAUUAGUUUUUAACGCAAUUUUACUGUCAUCGACUGUUUUCGCUGCAGACGUUUCUUUGGAGUUACAAGCAGUUGAGGAGUUAGUCAAAGAAUUCAGCCCAUUAGUUUGGUUGGCGCCCGGCGAACGUUACCUUCCCAUGUCUGUCGACGAUUUCCUCAAACACGUUCAUCCGGAAUUACCUGACGCCUCCAUCAAACCCAUUUAUGACUUGAAUGAUCAUCCCGACAAAUUAGACGAAUAUUAUUCCGAGUUGAAGGAGCUCGAAGAACUCAAAAACGGCAUUUUAACGAAUCGCAUAAAGCGAAACUACAAAAACUUGCGAUCUGAUGUCGCGUUAUUGCCAACGGGAAAUCUCUCGGAAAGUUGGUAUCUCGUGACAAAUAAGCCCAUUGAGGCGUUGAAGAAAGAUACAGAUUCUUUCAUUUACGGCAAAGAUCCGAAUCGCGAAGAUGCAACAGUUCCCAUUUAUGCGGUUGUCACGUUGUGCGAAGGCGACGACACGGAAAAGUUGGAAACGCACGUCUUGAAAAAUCGUAAAAGUCUCGAUUUGAAAGAAAUUUCAACGAAAAAUCGAUAUAUUCCAGUUUCGUUGCCGCGUUCGCUUGAUACGUCAUCUGCUGCGGUUCACGUUGUGAUGGCAGAAACUGUUGUGUUGCCCGAAAAAGUUGCAAAUAUCACGGAAAAUGUGACACAAGACGGCAAAAAUGCAAGUCAAACAUCGACAACGGAAAAAUGGAUGAACGAAGAGUCGAAAAGUGAUUGGAAACCCAGCGCUAUUGUCAAUACUGUGAUCAAUAAAAGCUCGAAAGCGGCAAAUUCGAAGCCAAUUACGAGCUUUUUCGUGGAUUAUUGGAUGUUUUAUCCGUAUUCGGCGGGAAAAAUCAUGUGCUCGCUCGAUUUAGGUCCCUUUGGUCCAAUUCCGAUUCCAUUGGUUUUUGGCUUUUGUCUUGGCACGAAGAAAGAAUUCGGAGGACACAUUGGCGAUUGGGAACACGUUUCUCUGUAUUUUCCGGGACCAAAGAGCAUGCCAACGGAGAUGUAUGUCUCUGCACAUGAUGCCGGCGCCUUCUACACAUAUCAUUCGCGCACCGGAACAUUCGAUUUCCGCAAACAAGAGACACGAAAAGGCAUCUUUCAGAAACCCAACUUUCCAAAGACUGUUCGAACAUCGAAAAAUCAUCCAGUUUUGUUCUCAGCUGAAGGUUCGCACGGAUUAUGGACUGCGCCGGGCAAACAUCGAUAUGUUCGGGUGCCGAGACUUUAUGAUAUCAAUGGAUUCGGAAUUCCAUGGAAAACGUGGGAUAAAAUUGAUAUUUUUUACUCAAACAACAUGGAAAGUGAUCCAAACACCCCAAAUUGGUUGAAAUUCCGAGGCAAAUGGGGCAACCAAAAGAGCAAAUGUCAUCCGCUGACAAAAAUGGGACUUAAUUUAUGCGAAAUUAGCGACGGACCAACGGGAAUUCCGAAAAAAGAACCACACUUUCAGUGUGCACGACCAAGUACAAGAUAA